CGCGCGGAGCGGAGCCGCGUCUCCUCUUUCCCCAUGCACGUCCAGCCUCCUCGCAGCGCCAGCCGCCUGGGCGGGCCGCACACGGGGGCCCCCCGACACAGGCGCAGUGCCCGCCCUCCCUGAGCCGCGCCCAGCACAGCAGCAGCCGGCUUCGGCCCGGGCAGCCGGCUCUUCACGCGCCUUCUGCUGUCGCUCGCCUCCCGGUGGCGGCCGGGCCCUGGGCUCCUGCUGCUGCCCGGCCGGCCCGGGGACGCGAGCAGGGCGGGAGCGCAGGCCGGUCAGUGUCGCGGGGCGCUGCGCGGCUCAGAGCGGCCUGGCCCGAGGGUGGGACCAGGCGGCGGCGGCGCCCUGGAGAAGGAGCCGGCCGCGAGGUGUGAUGCCUCCUAAAGGGCGUGGAAAAAGCAAGCUCCCUGUUCCCCUUCCCAAAGGAAUGAUAAUGAAAGACACUGAAGGAAAAGAGUGGAGACUGGGCAAUAUCAUUGGCCAGGGAGGAUUUGGAUUAAUCUAUUUAGCACUACACUGGAAACAGAGGCACAGACGUUUUCCCACAUGGAGUGAAUUGCAGGAUUGGAGCCUUGAACUGAGAGGACAAUAUCACUAUACAUUUUCAUAUCCUCUGAAAAAGUAUGCAAAAGCUUCUUCUCAUGUUCAUAUUCCUGUAGAAGAUGAUGCUGUGCAUGUAAUUAAAUUGGAAUAUCUUGAAAAUGGACCUUUGUUUUCUGAACUGAAGUUUUACCAGAGAGCUGCAAAACAAGAGCACAUCAAAAAGUGGAUGACGCUCAGACAAAUAAGAUUUUUAAGUAUUCCAGUGUUCUGGGGAUCAGGCUUGGCUGAAUACAAUGGAAAAAGUUAUAGAUUCAUGGUCAUGGAGAGAUUAGGGACAGAUCUGCAAAUAAUCUUGGACAGGCAUGGACACCGGUUUAAAAAAGAAACAGUUCUGCAACUUGGGGCCCGAAUGUUGGAUGCCUUGGAAUAUAUGCACGAAAAUGAGUAUGUCCAUGGUGACAUUAAAGCAGCAAAUCUACUUCUGGGCUACACAAAUCCACAUGAGGUAUAUCUUGUAGAUUAUGGACUUUCCUACAGAUAUUGUCCCGAAGGGAAGCACAAAAAGUAUAAGGAAAAUCCUAAAAAGGGCCAUAAUGGGACUCUGGAGUUUACCAGCUUAGAUGCUCACAAGGGAGUAGCCCCAUCCAGAAGAAGUGACCUUGAAAUCCUUGGCUACUGCAUGCUGCAGUGGUUAUGUGGGGAACUACCAUGGGAACAGAACCUGAAGAAUCCUGUGGCUGUCCAGGCUGCUAAAACAAAACUUAUGGAUGAGCUCCCAGAUUCAGUGAUGAAGUGGGCUCCUACUGGAAGCAGUUGUGGUGAAAUAGCCAAGUUUUUGGCAUGUGUUUAUGAUUUAACUUAUGAGGAAAAGCCAAAGUAUCAAGUACUAAAGAAAAUCUUGGUGGAGGGACUGGAAUCAAGUGAAACUUUUUAUGACGGCCCUUUGGAAUUUUCCACUGCUGGAUGUGCUCUAAAUCUGUGUGCUUCUAAAGAUCUGAAAGCUGAUUUACCAAAGAUUUCACCAAAACAGUAUAAACAAAAUGAAAGCAAGCUAGAUGAUAAACAACAUAACUGUCUGAAAAGAGCUGGUAUUCAGGUAAUACACAGACAAAACCAAGAGAAAUCGAUUGGAUUAAACAAGAAGUUUCAGCAUAAUGAGCCACUGCUGUCUUCUGGUUACUGCAUAGAGACUCCAGUACAAGGCAGCAAACUGAAGAGGAAACAGCAACAUUGCCCCAUGGCUGCUUCAGUCAGGCAAGUGGAAAACCCCGUAAGACAACUACACAGGCACUGUCCCCAAACCGAUUACUGGGAAGAUAACAAGGAACAACAACAAAACAGGCUUACAUAUUCUCCGCUAUCUUUGCAAGAACGUAGUAGAGAUUUUAGUAGUUUUUCUGUGUCCAGAACUUUAAAGCUUGCAUUUACUGAAGAGAGGUAUCGAUACAGUAUGGCCAUACUUGUACUUCUGAUAUUAAUAUUCCUUGCAUUGUGUUUUCUUUGAUGUCACCAUUUAAAAUGUCUUCAAGUUUACGUGAAGUGUCAUUCGGUCAGAGUUGUAUACGGUUUUUUUUCAAAGUUUCUUCAUAGACAUUUUCACUGAGAUUGGCUUUAAAAAGAUGUUCAAUAAAAACAUCAACAUCUGGAGUGUACAAAGCUA